AGUCCCAAGUGCAGCUGCUGUUGUCGCAAUGGUGGCGGCGCCGAGACAUUGAAUGACUUUGGUUCCAUCACAAAAAAAAAAAAAAAACAAAGCCGGCGAAUUCGUCUUUUUGCAAAACCGAGGACAUGGAGGCGCUUAUUCCCGUCAUUAACAAGCUCCAGGAUGUGUUCAACACUGUGGGAGCGGAUAUUAUUCAGCUACCGCAGAUAGCUGUGGUGGGGACCCAGAGCAGUGGCAAGAGUUCCGUCCUGGAAAGCCUGGUGGGCCGUGACCUGCUCCCCCGCGGAACCGGCAUCGUCACCAGGCGGCCUCUCAUCCUCCAGCUGGUCCACGUCGAUCCGGGAGAUGUCCGCAAAAAUGACGACAUGGGCAGAGAAGGCGAAGAGUGGGGGAAGUUUCUGCACACCAAAAAUAAGCUCUACACUGAUUUUGAUGAAAUCAGGCAAGAAAUAGAAGCUGAAACAGAGCGAGUGUCAGGGAAUAACAAGGGCAUUAGUGAUGAGCCCAUUCAUUUGAAGAUAUUUUCCCCCCACGUUGUCAACCUCACUCUGGUGGACCUGCCUGGCAUCACCAAGGUGCCCGUGGGAGAUCAGCCCAAAGACAUCGAGAUCCAGAUACGAGAUCUCAUCCUGAAGCACAUCUCCAACCCCAACUGCAUCAUAUUAGCUGUCACCGCCGCCAACACUGAUAUGGCGACAUCUGAAGCCCUCAAGGUGGCCCGUGAGGUGGACACUGACGGCAGGAGGACAUUGGCCGUGGUGACCAAACUGGACCUGAUGGACGCUGGUACUGAUGCCAUGGACGUGCUGAUGGGUCGAGUCAUUCCCGUCAAACUGGGCCUCAUCGGCGUGGUCAACAGGAGCCAGCUGGACAUCAACAAUAAAAAGUCUGUGGCUGACGCAAUCCGUGACGAACAUGCUUUCCUGCAGAAGAAGUAUCCCUCGCUUGCUAACAGGAACGGGACCAAAUACCUGGCCAGGACCCUUAAUAGACUACUGAUGCAUCACAUCCGCGACUGUCUGCCGGAGCUCAAGACGCGGAUCAACGUGCUGGCCGCCCAGUACCAGUCCCUGCUCGGCAGCUACGGCGAGCCCGUGGAGGACCAAAGCGCCACCUUGCUCCAGCUCAUCACCAAGUUCGCCACCGAGUACUGCAACACCAUCGAGGGCACGGCCAAGUACAUCGAGACGGCAGAGCUGUGCGGCGGAGCCCGAAUCUGUUACAUAUUCCACGAGACUUUUGGCCGAACGUUGGAGUGCGUCGAUCCCCUGGGAGGCCUCAGCACCAUCGAUAUCCUGACGGCCAUAAGGAACGCGACCGGCCCUCGCCCGUCUCUGUUCGUGCCCGAGGUCUCCUUCGAGCUGCUGGUGAAGAAGCAGGUGAAACGCCUGGAGGAGCCCAGUCUGCGUUGCGUGGAGCUGGUCCACGAGGAGAUGCAGAGGAUCAUCCAGCACUGCAGCAACUACAGCACGCAGGAGCUGCAGAGAUUCCCGAAGCUCCAUGAGGCCAUCGUGGAAGUCGUCACUUCCCUCUUGAGGAAGAGACUGCCCAUCACUAAUGAGAUGGUCCACAACUUGGUUGCCAUUGAGCUGGCCUACAUCAACACAAAGCAUCCAGACUUUGCAGACGCCUGCGGGGUGAUGAACAACAACAUUGAGGAGCAACGGCGAAACCGGAUGAGGGAGCUGCCCACCGCUGUGCCAAGGGAUAAGUCUCUUGGCAAAGGCCCGGCUGCGGUUUCUGGCGAGCCCGCCGCGUCCGGAGCAGGUGCGAAUGGUGCCAAGGCUCCAGCAGCCGGGCCGCAGGGCGACGCGGACAGCACAGGCACCUGGAGGGGGAUGCUCAAGAAAGGAGAGGACGGACCCGGCUCGGGCCCGGGAAGCCCUCUUAAAGGAGCCGUCAACUUGCUGGAUGUGCCGGUGCCGGUAGCCAGGAAGCUGUCGUCACGUGAGCAGCGGGACUGCGAGGUCAUCGAACGCCUCAUCAAGUCCUACUUCCUUAUUGUGCGCAAGAACAUCCAAGACAGCGUACCCAAGGCAGUGAUGCACUUCCUGGUCAAUCACGUGAAGGACAGCCUCCAGAGCGAGCUGGUGGGUCAACUCUACAAGUCGGGCCUCCUCAACGAUCUGCUGACUGAGUCGGAGGACAUGGCCCAGCGCCGCAAAGAAGCGGCCGACAUGCUGCAGGCGUUGCAGAAAGCCAGCCAGGUGAUCGCUGAGAUCAGGGAGACUCAUCUGUGGUGAACUGGAAGAUGCUAGAAGAAUGCACUGAACCCUGCCGUAAAAGUAAAUUAUUAAAUGAAAUUAACAAACUCAUGUACCUUCAAGACGCGCACGCUUUGAAGAGAAUGCAAAUGUAAAUACAGUAUGUUGUUGUGAUCAUGCGAGGCCUGUCGUGACACAAUGUGAUGACAUUGUGACAUUUUAUUUAUCGUCGCUGGACAAAGCUGUCAAAAAGUGAUGUGGUCAAUAAAAAAAAGAUGC